AUGCUACCAGAAUUGAAUGUUUCAACGGAAGCUACUAACAUUACAGCUGAUACUAAUGAAACGUCUUCGACAUUGUUACCAGAAUUGAAUGUGUCAACUGAACCUGCUAACAUAACAUCUGAUAUUAAUGAAACGUCUUCGACAAUGUUACCAGAAUUAAAUGUUUCAACGGAACCCGUUAACGUUACAGCUGAUACAAAUGAAACAUCUUCGACAAUGUUACCGGAAUUGAAUGUUUCAAUGGAACCUGCUAAUGUUACUGUUGAUACUAAUGAAACAUCUUCGACAUUGUUACCAGAAUUGAAUGUUUCAACAGAACCUGCUAACGUUACUGUUGAUACUAAUGAAACGUCUUCGACAAUGUUACCAGAAUUAAAUGUUUCAACGGAACCCGCUAAUGUUACUGCUGAUACUAAUGAAACAUCUUCGACAAUGUUACCGGAAUUGAAUGUUUCAACGGAACCUGCUAACGUUACUUUUGAUACUAAUGAAACGUCUUCGACAUUGUUACCAGAAUUGAAUGUUUCAACAGAACCUGCUAACGUUACUGUUGAUACUAAUGAAACGUCUUCGAUAAUGUUACCAGAAUUAAAUGUUUCAACGGAACCCGCUAAUGUUACUGCUGAUAUUAAUGAAACAUCUUCGACAAUGUCACCGGAAUUGAAUGUUUCAACGGAUUCUGCUAAUGUUACUGUUAAUACUAAUGAAACAUCUUCGACAUUGUUACCAGAAUUGAAUGUUUCAACAAAACCUGCUAACAUAACAUCUGAUAGUAAUGAAACGUCUUCGACAUUGUUACCCGACUUGAAUGUUUCAACAGAACCUGCUAUUGUUAUUGUUGAUACUAAUGAAACGUCUUUGACAAUGUUACUAGAAUUAAAUGUUUUAACGGAACCCGCUAAUGUUACUGCUGAUAUUAAUGAAACAUCUUCGACAAUGUUACCCGAGUUGAAUGUUUCAACUGAACCUGCUAACGUUACCGCUGAUACGAAUGAAACGUCUUCGACAUUGUUACCAGAAUUGAAGGUUUCAACAGAACCUGCUAAUGUUACUGCUGAUACUAAUGAAACAUCUUCGACAUUGUUACCCGAGUUAAAUAUUUCAACAGAACCUACUAAUGUUACUGCUG